AUGAUAAUAACAAAGUUACCAAAGGAAGCCAGAUUACAAUUAGAAAUACAGAAAGGAAAGAAAGAAAAGUGGACUGUGCAAAAGCUGAGAAUAUUUCUUGAUAAUUACAUAGUAGCCAGAGAGUCUACAGAUAUGGACAACCUAGCCUCUCAUGAAGAACAAUCUGCUACAAAAACACCAUUACCUGCCAUUUCAUAUAUAAAUGAAAGGACAUAUGCAUCUGCAGAAGCCCUAACAACAUUAUUUCAAGAAUCACAAAGAAGAAACAAAUAUGAAAGAAAACAUCCCAUUUGUAUCUUCUGUGAACGAAAUCAUUGGAGUGAUGAAUGCAAGGAAUUCAGGACAAUUAAUGACAGAAAAGAGAAGAUCAGAGGAAGAUGUUACAUUUGUCUUAAACCAGGUCAUCUGAGCAAAGACUGCAAAGUAGACAAACCAUGCGUCCAUUGCCAUCAGACAAAGAAACAUCACCGAAGUCUCUGCAAUAAGAGGAUGCAGCUUUCGAAAGAACCCUCACACUUUGCUGAAACAUCAGAAGUUUAUGACACAGAACCAGUUAACAGUGUUCCAGAAAACAGUCUACUCUCCUCAGGUAGUAUGGUGCUAAUGCAGACUGCAAGAAUUGAUGCAUCAGAUCUGAAUAGAAGGAGAGUUGAAUCUGUAAGAAUUCUGAUGGACUCUGGGUCUCAGAGAACAUAUGUUACUGAAGAAUUAGUUUCGAAGUUAAAUUUGCAGAGGAAAGGAACAGAAGAAAUAUCACUUAACACAUUUGGAGCAAGGAAUCCGAAGACGGUAAAAACACCGAAAAUCUCUUUGAGGAUUAAAUUAAAGGAUGGACACUGCAUGAGAAUUGAUGCAAAUGUUGUGCCUCAAAUAACUGGAUCAGUACAAAGAAGACCGUUACCACCUAACAUCACUAAACAAGUACAGCACCAAUGGAAACAUUUACAAUUUGCUGAUACCCUACCAGAAACUGCAGAAAAUUCAGCCAUAGACAUUCUUAUUGGAAAUGACUAUUACCUAGAUUUAAUAUUAUCAGAAAAAAUUAAAGUCAACCAAGGACUAUACUUACUAUCGUCAAAGGUAGGAUGGAUUCUUACAGGAAGAAUGCAAGAAAAGUUUAAGGGAUCCAGAGAUCAUUUACAUAAGAUACCGAUUGUAAACAGAAACAAACGUAGUACAGAAUAUUGUCUUCAUUCCUCAAUUGAUAAAUGUCUGCCCCUGAAGCCGUCAUCGGACAAUGAUGGGAAAUUUGAAACUAUAGGAACUAAAGACCAACUUCAAUCUUCAGAUGAUGAAGAGGCCUUGAAAAACUUUAAAGGUAAAUUAAAAACAGUAAAUGGCAGAUAUCGAGUCACUUGGCCAAGGAGAGAAAAAACAACAUAUAGACUGAGAGGAAAGUAUAUUCAGAAUAAUAGACCAGUAAAAAUUGAAGAUGAUCGAAUCAAAGAAGAUCUCCCUAAAGGAAGCUGGAAGAUCGGAAGAAUUUGUGAUUUGACAAUGAGUCAAGAUGGUCAAUUCAGAACGGGAAAUGUAAUAAUACCCAACAAAAGGACAUUAAACAGACCUUUAAAUUUACUCUAUCCUAUAGAAUGUAUCAAUGACUCAGAUCAUGGUGACAGUGAUGAAAAGAAGGAAAAACAAACAGUCAGUGAUAUUCCUCCGUUGCCUAGAGCAAAGAGACAGGCUGCUGAAAAAGCCACAAAACUGAUUAAAGAACAAUUAAAUUUGUGA